CAAUAAAGACAGUGAUAAAAGCAAACAUGACUGUAAAGCAACACCUACAACUGGACUAGUCAUUCACAAACGCGUGUUCGCAAGUCUACAAUUCCCUUGACCAAGACUCGAAGCUCAAGAUCAUGCAGCCGCAAGCGUUGUGGAAUGGUCUUGACACGUUGGAAAAGUUGAGAGAUGAUUGCUAUGAUGGAUAUGAACAGUUUCUGCCCGCUUUUAGGGGGAAUUCGAUAUAUGAGCCCAAGGUGAGGGUACAGGGCUCGGACGACGAGGGAGCGAGGAGGAAAAUCGUUGCUGAAGAACCAAGCAUGGUGCGAGACUCAGACGAAGAUAGUACCGACUCAGAGCCCGGACAGUCGGACUCUCUCGCAGACAUUGAAGAGUACGAUGACAACGACAACGAGGAUGAGGGAGAAAGCGACCAAGGCAGAAAGCCUAAACGCUACGUACAUUUAUGUUUACUAACAUCUAAGAUCAAUAGUCUUCUCCAAAGCACGUCUUCAAGGUAUGAUGCUGACUCAGUGCGCAAUGAUUUCCGAAUUGGUGACUCGUUGACGAGAGUGGCUGGUUGUUGGGUCCUCCAUGGCCACCUCUCUGGCCUGACAAAAGUCUGUGCAUUUUGACAGCUUCAUACAAGACAUGUCAGCUUGCAAAAAGGCGACACACACGUGCAGUAUCGAAGAAGCUGAGCGACUUGAAGCUCACUUCCACACAGACACGAAGUCUGGAUUUGUAAGGAAAGAAUACUGGAUACGAUGGAUACUAGACACCGGCGUACCUGCAGCUCUACUCGACCUGUGUCACGUCAUGCUGUACGGCAUAGUCUUGAACAAAUAUGAUGGUGACCACGAUCUACGGCUGUUGGACCGCC